AUGCUCCCUCCUUCUCCCUCUCAUCCAUCCUUUCCCUUGGCACCCCCCCAUCCCCUCUCCAGGUAUUAUGCCAUCUGCUGCCAGCCUUUGGUCUAUAGGAACAAGAUGACCCCUCUGCACAUCGCAUUAAUGCUGGGAGGCUGCUGGCUCAUCCCCUUGUUUAUCUCUUUUCUCCCUAUAAUGCAAGGCUGGAAUAACGUUGGCAUAAUUGAUUUGAUAGAAAACAGGAAGUUCAACAAGAACUCUAACUCUACGUACUGCAUCUUCAUGGUCAACAAGCCCUAUGCCAUCACCUGCUCUGUGGUGGCAUUCUACAUCCCGUUUCUCCUCAUGGUGCUGGCCUAUUAUCGCAUCUAUGUCACAGCUAAGGGGCAUGCCCACCAGAUCCAGAUGUUACAACGGGCAGGAGCCCCCUCAGAGGGCAGGCCCCAGCCAGCAGACCAACAUAGCACUCAUCGCAUGAGGACAGAGACCAAAGCAGCCAAGACCCUGUGCAUCAUCAUGGGUUGCUUCUGCCUCUGCUGGGCUCCAUUCUUUGUCACCAAUAUUGUGGAUCCAUUCGUAGACUACACUGUCCCUGGGCAGGUGUGGACCGCUUUCCUCUGGCUUGGCUACAUCAAUUCUGGUUUGAACCCCUUUCUCUACGCCUUCUUGAAUAAGUCUUUUAGACACGCCUUCCUCAUCAUCCUCUGCUGUGACAAUGAACGCUACCGAAGACCUUCCGUUCUGGGCCAGACUGUCCCCUGUUCAACCACAACCAUUAAUGGAUCCACACAUGUGCUAAGGUACACAGUUCUGCACAGUGGACAUCAUCAGGAAUUCGAGAAGCUGCCCAUACACCAUGACCCAGAAUCCCUGGAAUCAUGCUUCUGAUUGAGGACGUGGCUCACAACUAAGCCAUUCAUUCCCAUUCAUGUCUGCAUGAACAGGAUACCCUGGCAUCUCUCCUGACCCUCAUCACCACCAGUGAGGCAUGGGGCAGUGGGACCAAGGGCCCAGGAAAGGUACAUGGAUGACAGGGUUGGACAGGAUCCAAGGCCAGAGCAUGGAGGAUCUCAGAGUUGAGAAGGGACUUCAGGCACCAUCAGAUGCAGGCUCGCAGCCAACACAGAAGCAGCAUCCUCCAUAGCGUCCCUGGAAGUUGGUCAGUCUUUGCUUGUACACCUCCAGGGAUAGGAGCUCACUACCUCCUAAUGCAGUUCCUUCUAUUGUGGAGAAGCUUUAGUUAUAAGGAAGGUUUUUCCUUUGUUGGAACACAAAUUUGUCUCUGCUCUAGUUGCAUCUGGGAACAAGCAGUUGGCCCCUUCUUCCACUGAGAGCCCUUAAAUAUCGGAAGACAAUGAUCUGCCGCCUACCCACCCUUUUAAGUCUUUUCUUUGAACUCAACAGCUCCUAUUUCCUCUCCAUUCUGGCCAUCUUCCUCUGGACUUUCAUUGGUGGGUGAAUUAAUCAAGGCUUUUAUUAAUGAAAUUAGGUUGAUAGUAGUGCCAAGUGUCUGUCCAGAAGAACUGAAUUAUGACAAGUGAAGCAUCCGUGUUUUUUGGUUCAUAGACCUGAAUAUUUUUCUUUUUUUCUUGGGGAUAGACUUUGGAAACUCUGCUUAGGUUUUGGUUUGGAUCCAUUACCAGAAGGCAUCUUUACAGCUGGUCUGGUGUGUGUGUGUGUGUGUGUGUGUGUGUCUGUGUGUGUCUGUGUGUUUAAAGAUGACAUUUUCUCAUUGGCAUACUGGCUGUGAGGUCAUUUGAAGUAAAUCUUGAUUCACUCCCCUUCCAUGACAAUGGGGAAAGGACCUACAUCUUUACCGAGAAUGUCGAUUGAGAAUUGUCCUACAAUUCAGAUUUUGGGAGGGAAACUCAGUUGCUCCUAUAAGACACCUUUUAGGGCCUUACUUUCUUGGGAAACUUCACUGGCCUCCUGCCUGUGAAGUUCCUGGGCUACCAUUUUUCUACACCUUUUCCAGUAUCUCAUUUCCUCCAAUCUCCUAAGGAGAUGCUUCCCUAAUGUCAAAGCUACCAACAAAUGACUUUAUGUUGGGGUGAAUUAUCCCCUCAGGUUGAGACUCUGAGGUUUUACAGUUGCCUUUCUUUUGGCUGCUGAUAAAAACCCCACUGAAAGGGUUAAUUGCUGAUCCUUAUAGGGAAGCCUAGGGAACAGGCAAUGUGGGGGAUGGUUGGGAGCAUACGUAACAUGAACUACAAGAUAAAGCUGUGCCAAAGUUUCUAACCUCACCAGUUCUCCUUGCCCUUCUACUUGGGCUGUUGGCCCCUCCUUCCUUCCCAAGUGAUCUCAGAAGCGACAGUUGCCUCUUACUCACCCGUUUCAUCCAUGAGGGAAGAACUCGUUAGCCCUCCCUCUUCUCUCUGUCCCCAGAAAUGGUCAGACUCCACAUAGGAUUAGGGUGACCAGCACCCUGGUUUUAGCACCAAAAGUCCCACAUUCUAGAAAACUUCUCAAUCUCAGACAAACUAGGCUGGUUGGUCACCCCCUAGAUGGAACCCUCCCUGUGCUGAGGGCUAAAUAAGACUCCUCAGAGUUGCAUUUCCUUUUUUUUCCCCACUUUUUCAUGGAAAAGGCAGAGAUGAGUGAAUUUGGGGGUCCAGAGUUUUCCACAUGCUGUCUUAAUGUGGUCUCUCCUCUCAUCAAAGCACAGAGAGCUUCUUAGGGAAAGACUAAGACAGUCAUAGAGCCAGCUCACAGUGAGGAGGAAAACGUUUAGUGCGUUGAGGCAGCUGGUAAACUUUAAUACCUCCAAAGUCAAUAAUUUCUACUAUUUAAUACAUACAUGCAUACACACAUACAUAAAUACAGUAGGAUUUCUUCCCUAUGAAAAGUUUUUCUUCCCAGGAGCUUAGCAAGCAUAUCUGCGUAUGCAAACUAUUAUUUCUCAGUGGCAGUCUCCCAUAUUAAAUGGCAACUUGAACUCGACAGGGAUCUAUAGAUUACAACAUAGAUGGGAAAAUGAGACCUUACCAUGUCACGGGUCCAUAUCUUCUGGACUCUUUGGUCAUGCUUGUGUGGGCCAGCCUAUGAAUGGUAUCUGUAGAGGUCACAUGCACCCUGGUUCAGGGAAAGGACAGCAAUUGCAGGAAUAGGAGCCCUUGCCAUUGUCAAGAAGAAGGACCCCUUUGCAGAGAGGGCCUCACAAGCAAAUUUUGCUGUGUCUUUGGAGCAGAGCUGGGAUGGUGUGGGUGAUGCACCAAAUGCUCACGUUGGAGCUUCACAGAACAGAAGCAGGCUUGCUCUAUCUGGACAGCUACUAGCCUGGCAUUAUUUAAAUCUCUGGCUCCCGGGAGUCUAGGUAAUAUGGCAUGUGUGUGAAAGCCUCAGAAGGAGGAGACUUGGAGCUUGUCAAGGAAGGAAGUACUUUGCUGUCUUCUCUGAGGCCAUCCUCUUUCAGAAAGCCUGCAGUGUCAUGAAGGGAUGCUCCCCGAGAGAAGGGCCCAUGGCCCCAGCCACAUCUGCCAGAUUGGCCUUGACAGUCACUGGGGUGAUGGAUGCUGCAAUUAGACUGCCCCAUGCCCGGGAUAAAGGGGGUUCACCUGUGCUGCUUUGCACCUUGACUCUCCAGCCUACAGGGCUGUCCAGGUAGAAGCCCUGAAACUCCCUAUCCAGCUCAUGAUCAGCAGCUAGGAAGCAAAAGGGAUGAAAACCAACUUCAACUAACACUCAAGUAUGUGUUUGCAGAAAAACUCGUUCUUUCUGAGACUUCACCUUUUAUCUCACCAACAUUUCCACUUCGUGCUGCUAACUUGCUCUGUCCUGAAGCAAAUUUCUGUCUAGCUGGGGGAUGGGGGUGUGGG